UCUUCCGCUCGUUUUUAGUUCAUUUUCUGUUUAGAAGGUUUUUUUAACUCCUCUUCCUAACUGUACUAACAUCCUAUUUGAAUUAGCCAGAACAGAUUAUGAUAUUGAAGAUUGUUGAUAAAGAUGUUUGAGACACAUGCAGUAAUCACAUUUUAAGAGAUUUUGGCUGUAGUUGUAUUUUGAAAAAGUGAUUGUGUUUUCAAGGUGCUUCUUGUCUUUUCUCUGUUUUAUUUCUGCAAACAGUGCCUUCACUCUCGUUGUAAACAAAAUUGUGUGGAGUUCAUCCUGUUUUCAGGACCAUUGUUGUUAGAAGUCUGUUUGCAAUGAAUUUUAAGUAAAACUCAUUCAGACUUUCUAUUCUCCACAUUUUUUCCACCCUCUCUAGUGACUUGGGCUGGGUGAUAGAACAAAAUAAAUAAAUGCUUUAUACAAAAAAUGCACAAAAAAUAUUUGAAAGUGAUCUAAUUUACAUAACAGAGCCCAUUCAGUAGCCCAUACGUAAUUAUUGCAAGUGCUUGCAAGUCUCACACAAGAAGCGAACAAAUCACUGAAUCAAAGUUUUGAAUCAGACAGUUCAAACUGAUUUGUGGAAAUGAAUCAAACUUACCAAGUCUAAUGCCAUUUUUACUACUUAAUGCUAUUAAAAUGUUCAGGAAACUUUGUGUUAAAAUCAAUAUGAUAUUCACAGUGUUGCUUGAUUUUACAUCAAGGAAAAGUCAUUGCAAAUAUAUUGUGAAUAUUGAUUAUAUCGCCCAGCCCUACUUGUGCCUUAUUUUAAAAAAAAAUCUCCAUAAACCAUAAAAUGCAUCAUAUUAUAUAUUUUGAAUAUUUGCUACGAGUAUUUCUUAAGCCCGGCUGGUAUUUCUUGGAGUUGUUUGCACCUUUUGGUUGUGUUUGUGUGUAAAAACAGAUGCACCUUGGUCUUUUAUCUGUUUUUAUCCAUGUGCAAACACAAGAGACAAGAAAAACACUCCAGCUGGGUUAGUGUGGGUUUUGUAAUAUAGAUGUUGUAGAUUCAAAGGUUCUUAUUGCCUUAUGUAAAGUUGUUGACACUGUAAUAUAUGCUCACAGUUGAGCCCUGGCUUGCAUAUAAUAUGUAUGUGUGCGAUUAAUGCAGAAUGAUCAUUUCUAAACCAAACACACAUACAAACGCACAUACACAUUUCUAGGAAAUAGAAUUUUUCAUCCUCAAGCUCUCAUAAUAAAAAAAAAAACUGUUCAAAACUUUAUGCACUCAUUAGGGCUGUCAAUUUAACAUGGAAUUUUAUUUCAAUCAAUCAUAGAAAGAUUAACUACUUUUGUCUUGACAUUGCAACCGUCACUGAUGUAUAUUUAGUGCAUGUCUACAUCGAAAAACACUGUGGAUGGACAAAACAAGUCAACAUUUAAGAGAAUGACAAACUCGACUGCAAAAGAGUGCACUGUGGAAUAUAUUGAUUUCUAAAGGCAAUUCUAAUCUAUACUUUAAUCUUCUUUUGGGGACUUUUCUCAGCAAAUUAACAAUUUGUCAGUUGGUUACAAACCAUGCAAUUCAUUUGAUUUAAAAAGUCAAUUGGCAGCCCAAGAAUAAAUUUUAACCCAGGACAAAUCCACACAUUAAAAGGAUGCUUCGUCACUCUGCGUGAACAAUGCAACCUCACAUCUCCCAUCACACCUAAAAUCAACCAUUUUGAUUGCUCUUCUCAUAUUGUUCUCCUGUGAAUGAUAUUCGCUUGACGCAAAAUGUCUUUCACCCCACCGAUGUGUUCCGGGAGGGCAGUGCUUAAUGUAAGUCGUGCCUGUCAGGUUUCCUUUGCACCUAAUUAAAGCAUGACAUCAUUUCCUCCCUUUCCUUCCGAGUCCUUGAGCGCCGUCAUGAGCGUGUACUAAAAGCAUGUGAUAUGCUGUUGAAGGCUCUGUGUGCUGUUUUAUGUUGUUGCAUAUUUUGCAGACGUAGGAUCUGUGGGAUUUUUUGACCACUGCUGCAGGUCAAUGACGUUGCAAGGUGCAGGCAAUGCUGAGAAGUUUGAUUAUUUGAUGAACUACUUGAAGAAGAUGGCUGGAAAUGAAUAUGUCGGUUUCAGCAAUGCCACAUUUCAGUCGGAGCGUGAGUCGGGAGACAGGAAUUUCGCUAUUGGCUAUUACCUGAAAGAAAAGAAGUGCUUUCCAGAUGGUACAGACAUGACUGCUGUUCUGGACUUGUACUUUCAGCUGUGCUCCAUCGAGGUAACCUGUGAGAGCGCUAGCGUCAUGGCUGCCACACUGGCCAACGGUGGCUUCUGUCCAAUCACAGGCGAGCGUGUGCUGAGCCCCGAGGCCGUGCGAGACACCCUCAGCCUCAUGCACUCCUGCGGCAUGUAUGACUUCUCCGGACAGUUUGCCUUCCAUGUGGGUCUUCCGGCCAAGUCAGGUGUGUCUGGUGGUAUUCUGCUGGUUGUGCCCAAUGUGAUGGGCAUCAUGUGCUGGUCUCCUCCGUUGGACAGACUUGGCAACAGUGUCCGGGGCAUCCAGUUCUGCACAGAUCUGGUGUCCUUGUUCAACUUCCACAACUAUGACAACCUGAGGCACUUCACCAAGAAGCUCGAUCCCCGCCGAGAGGGAGGGGACCAGCGGGUGAAAUCUGUCAUCAAACUCCUCUUUGCUGCCUACACAGGAGAUGUUUCUGCUCUCAGAAGGUUUGCACUGUCCUCUGUGGACAUGGAGCAGCGGGACUAUGACUCCAGGACGGCGCUGCACAUAGCAGCAGCUGAGGGACAUAUUGAGGUUGUGCGUUUCCUGUUAGAGGCCUGCAAGGUGAAUCCUGGUCCCAAGGACAGGUGGGGCCAUACACCUAUAGACGAGGCGACACACUCGGGUCAUCACGAGGUGCUCGAGCUUCUACAGGAGUACAGCGGUAAACACAACCCAGCAGAGCAUUGAAAAACACCUGAAUGUGAUUCUGGAGACGUAAACUUUUCUUCUACCACUAGACACUUGUUGAAUAGCUCGUGAAACACUGCCCUCUCUCAAGAUCCGUGUGCGUGUUUUCGUCACUACAUUUUUCGUUUGAAGCUGUCUCCUGUAGAUUUACAAGCUUUUGUGAAAAACUUUUGGCUUGUUCACAACAACUUCCUUGUAAGAAAGGGCGUGUGUCAUGAUGAUGGCCAUAUUUAACGGUGCGAAAUGACUCUCAAUAGGCGCUAUAAUUGUAUGCUUUCAUGCCUGUGAAAGGUGGAUCGAGGUGUGAGAGAGGAUGACUACAGCCAUGUCAUUGUUUUCCUGAGGGUAAACAGUUAAACUCAAGAGUGCAAGAAUGAAACCCAACAAUCCUGUUUAGAUAAGAAGCGUUCUUACAUUAAAAACAGCGAGAUUUGGUCAUGUUGCGCAAACGCUCACGACAUAGAAGCUGCUAGCCAACAUAUCUUACUUCUUUAUGCUGUCUUAAAAAAAUUCUCGGCAGGACGGAAUGAAAAUCGAGAUGCGACCUGCAAGUGCAUUUCCAUUAUCAAACAAUCGAUGUUGUCACGAGCGACGAUUAUCAUUAAGAUCCGAAAUAAGACAACGUGUCCUGUGUAAAAGUGGGAAUUAUUUUAAUUAUUUAGCUUGGGAUUUUUUGUAUGUAUAUCACUUUAUUUUAUUAUAACUCAUUAUUUGAACAUUUUAACCACUGCCAAAGACAGUUAUUUUUGUUCAUCUUUAUCAGAUAUAUGGACUGUGUAUUCUUCAGUGCACUCAUAUAGCCAUUUACACCCAAAGUACUUAGAACAAAAGUGGUCAAAAAUAAAUGUAUACUGGAUAACAAGAAGAUGAAAGUUAUAAAAAUCACAUUAUAUAAACAAAGUAAAUCAUCAGAUACAAUUAAAAAACUCCUUUAUUUAUAAAUACUCUUAUAAAUAUAUAAGACACUACAUCUGUGCAUUUAUGUAUAUUUUAUGAAGUGUUAAAUUACUGUAAGAGUCUAUUGUAAGACAGUUGUUUUAGCGGUGGAAAGAUGAUGUCAAACCUGUUCACCCGGACCAAACACUUGAUAGCCAAGUCAGUUAGUUGGACAAAAAUCAAGUUCAUGUCAAAGUAAAUGAAUGUAAACUCUUAAAGACACUUUAGCAUUAUUCAGUAUUCACUGAAGCACAUAUUUAUUUGCUGAUUUCUAUUGUAUUGUCAGUCUGUAUCUGACUGACUAAGUCAGUGUGUGUAUGUGCUAUUAAAGCAACGGUAUAUAAAGACUCAUCUUUGAUGAGCGAUAAUGAAUAAAAUUGUGUUAGUAAUUAAAAGGGUGUAAUUUUACUCAUUACUCAUUAUACUUACAGGGGACAAAACUACAUGCAACACAAAUUCUGACUAAAAAA